CUCUCUUUCUCUCUCUCUCUCUCUGCUAUAAAGGACAAAACAUCAACCGUACGCAUCCUCAAAGAACACAAAUACACAAAAAUCUCCGAGAGGAUCUCUCUUCCCGCAAUCCCCUGCCCUCGUGCCGUGAAUCUGCUCGAGACCCACGUUGCAUCUCCCCUCGAAUCGAUCUGGGUCGGUGUUGUUUUCGCGGAUUGUGAAUUGGGGUUUCUUGAUUCGCGCGAGCGAGAGAGGCCAUGAGGAAGAGGGAGCGGGAGAACCCGUGCGGGGUGUGCGGCCACUACCACAAGUACGAGGAGGGCGAGGUAUGCGGGAUUUGCGGCCACCGGAUGCCGGCGGCGGCGGAGAAGGCGUCGGUCCACGUCAGCGCGUUCCCGACGGAGAUCUUGCCGGAGUUCCUCUACCUGGGGAGCUACGACAACGCCUCCCGGUCCGAGCUCCUCAAGACGCAGGGGAUUUCGCGUAUUCUCAAUACUGUGCCUGCCUGUCAAAAUCUUUACAAAAACUCGUUUACUUAUCACUGCCUCCAAGAUGACAGAACUUUACCCUUUGACGAUGCGAACCAGUUUUUAGAGCAAUGUGAAAGAGACAAAGCCCGAGUUCUUGUGCAUUGCAUGUCCGGGAAAAAUAGGUCGCCAGCCGUUGUGAUAGCUUACUUGAUGAAGUCAAGAGGAUGGAGGCUUGCACAGAGUUACCAGUGGGUGAAAGAGCGAAGAUCAUCAGUGGACCUAAAUGAAGGUUUGCAUCCUUAUGCUGUAUACCAGCAAUUGCGAGAAUAUGAGCAGAAGAUAUUUGGUUUGAUGGAUGGAUGUGAUGUCGCUCCACCGGUCUUCCCAUCUUUAAAUGCACAACCCUUCAGCUUUGGCUUCCCAAAGGUUAACGACCUAGUUCCGCCUCCUGCAUUUAAUGUUGGUGCUGCCUCAAUCUUCAGUCGUCCUUCGUUAGAUAUCCCUCCACACGAGUUUACUUUUGGAGCAAGCCAAUUACACAAAAGUUGUCACGAGAGCCCUCUCACAGCAAACUCCGCAAACUCAAAUGGCGGCGAUACACCGAUGGACAGUGCUUAAAUUUCUUGUUAUCUCCUCUGGCUCCGAAAUCAUCCGUCUUUUGGGAGCAUCCGGUGCUGACUUAACGAGACUGUUCCUGUCGUUGUUGGGUGUAAAGUUGGGUGAAUGUUAAAAACUUACUCUUUUAGAAUGCAUGUUGGUAAAGGAAUUCGUGCUCUGGUUCCUGAUAAGAUUUCUCAGAAGGCAAGUGUUUUUUUUGGGGGCUUGUCUGUAAUAACUUCUAUACAACUUCAGUUCAGUUGUUAAAAGUAUGAUGGUAAAUUGCUUUA